AUGUCAGGAGCCGAGGAAUGGCUCAUGGUCAAGGUGGUAGAGCGCCUGCCAGUCUUCGACGCGUUGCCUGUGCGUGCAGCCUCACAAGGCCUGCGAAGAUUGGCAGAGUCCACGUGUGCAGAGCUGCUCGCGGAGCUAGCGCCCGAAGCGGCCUGGCACGGCGCGCCGAUGCUCCGAGCGCUGGCGCAGGCUCAUGCACCGCCACGACUUGUGUGCAUUGGUGGCUACAACUCCAACUGGAACAGGCACGAGCCGGUACUCCAACAGGGCGACGCCGCAGGUUGCGAAAUCUCGGCGGAGGUAGUUUGUUCGCUCACAGGCGACGAGCAAAGCUCGCGCUGGCGGUGCAGGCUGCCUCCGAUGCUGCACCCCAGAGCCGAUGUUGCUGUGGUCUCUGGCCCGACCCGUGGGACACUCUUUGCGCUGGGAGGGCGACACGGGGAGCAGCGCCACAGCUCGGUGGAGCGGCUGGAUCUGCUGGCCUGGCAGGGGGAAAACCGGGGGUGGCAGAUGAUGCCCUCGAUGCUGGAGUCCCGGUCGGGCCUCGCAGCGAGUGUGAUGGGAGGAGGCCUCAUAGUCGCCGGCGGGAGAAGUAGUACCAAAGGGGUACUAAGGCCGGCUGGGCUGACGAGGUGUUUAAGGACCUGA